CACACAGUUUCCUUUGAGAGUAUGCUAGGUCAACCUCUAAAUCGAGAUUAUGAGCAUGACUAAAUCUCUGGUGUUGGUUUAUGUAUUGCUUGCGAUCUUAACGAUCUUAAUGCUAAUUUACGAAGCAAUGCUUCCUUUUUAUUUGAGCAGGGAAAGGUUUCCUUGGCAAAAGCAUCAGGUUGUCUCUUCAAAUAAUCCGUAUCUGCUCGCCACUAAAGGCCACACACUGACGCUCACAUUACGCAUGGCGGCCGUGCCUAAACUGAUCAAGCGCUUGUACUGUGACUUCUUACGAUCUGCCGUGUUGUUCUGGUCACCGGAGCUGGGCCACAUCAGCCUAAUACUAGACAAGGAAUCAGAAGCCGAUCAUCGCUUGGCAGCUCGUCUGAGCCAGCAAGAGCCUGGAUUUGGCAUCAAGUUUGAUUUUGUUUACGAACCUUUCCCAAAUGAUAUCUCAAUCUUGAGAAUAGAGAGGGAUCGAGGAUACAGCCGCCAACUAUGGAGCAGUUUCUUCAUGGAUCUGUACAUCAACGCGUCCAUUAUCGCUUGGAUUGACACAGACGGCAUGUUUACGACACCUGUCACUACUGAAAAUAUAUUCAACGACGAUCAGUUGCGUGUCGUAACUUUCACUAACUGGGACAUUCCCCGUAGACAUGGAUGGGACAGAACAACAAAACGUGCUAUGGGGAAGACUCUGGUGGCUGAUUUCAUGACUUAUUUUCCCGUUUAUAUCUGGAGAGAUACCAUAAGGAAUUGCAGGGAACAUAUUCUUGGAUACAUGAACGUAUCUAACUUUGAGGACGCUUUUAGAAAACUAAAGGUAAAGAGGGCUAGGGUCAGUCCUGUCAACAUUUUGUUGAACUACGCUUUCUACUUUGAGCAUGAUCGCUAUGAUUGGCACCUGGACGUCAACAACAACCUGGAAGCCUACAACUCCCAGCACCUUGAACCCGGUUUCGAAAUCAAACCCAAUGAGACCGUUCCAGAAGUUCGCGUCACUGUGCAUGCAGGAAGGCACUUCUUAAAGUCUCCGAAUCCGUUGCUUCAGGGAUAUUGUGUCGCCAAGCAGCACGUUGCCAAGCCGCCUUCUGCUUGUAAACAGUUUGAAAAUGCCACAAACCUUCAGCUGUUUGAAUUUCUGGCAGAAAGGGGUGUGUCUUUCAACCACCUUGACACGUGGUGCUCGCCUGAUGGUGAUAGGCGCGAAGACUGCAGCCGACGGAUUGAGGCGCAUUACAAGAAUGUUGGCAGAUACUACAACUUGGGAUGGUUUGAUCUCGAUUUGCGUCGAGUAUCUGCUGUUGAGAAAGCAGCAGCCCUGGGGAACGUAACAUGUUCCCAAAUAUUUGACUUGAGUGGUUAUGCAUGAAGGCAUAUACCCAGCAAGAAAUGAGACCGAGGGGUACCCCCCCCCAACAUGUCCA